AUGCCUAUUACGAAUAAUCGUGGUAACGUAAGGAAGAUUGCUUUUCGUACAAGAGGAAGAUCGGCACAAUCACUUGAUACUGGUGGUCCCCGAGUAGAUUCUGGCGCUGGUGGGGACGGCCGGUUAUUUCUUCAAAUUAGACCUGCAUUAACUGAUCCAAGAGCAGCUCUAGCGCAACGAUCCCACUCAACGCUGUCCGGCAAUGAUUUUUUGCACAAAGACGAUAGUAAAGAUGAAACAGUCGGAUUACAAGCUGUGGGAGAAGGAAAAGUACAACUUCUUAGAACACCACAAGAGAAAGAUAGACUACCAGAUAGAAUCAGUCUUGAUAGGAGAGGACUUUCAUCGAUCCCUCAUAUAGUUGGAGAACCUGGCUUAAGGUUGUUAUCACUACAACAUAAUUUAAUCAACAGUUUAACAGGAUUAUCACCAUUAGACUUAGGUAAACUUGUGUUCCUAGAUGUUUACGAUAACCAAAUAGACAAGAUCACGUCUCUGGAAAGACUGUUUAGCUUGAGGGUACUCUUAAUGGGAAAAAACAGAAUAAAACGUAUUGAAGGACUAACAAAUCUAUUAAAGUUAGAAGUAUUGGAUUUACACGGCAAUAGAAUAGGACGAGUGUGCGGUUUAUCUAACUUAAGUGAACUGAAAGUGCUCAAUUUAGCUGGUAAUCAGAUCAAAUGCAUUGGACAAACGGAUCUUCAGGGUCUAGUUUCUUUAAGAGAACUAAAUUUGAAAAGAAAUCGUUUGAGAAAACUGCUUGGCUUUCAAAACACGCCUAAAUUACAAAAAUUGUAUCUUGGUAAUAAUGACUUACAAAGUGUAGAAGACAUGUCAUCCCUCGCCGAAGCAGUUGCUCUUAUUGAAGUAUCUUUAGACGGAAACCCAGUAGCUUUAGGAGGCGAUUGUACACCUUUUCUUGUUUCUUACCUACCUAAUAUCCUCACGCUGAGCAAUAUGCAUGUCACUGAACAGGUUCGUAGAGCUGCCAUGGCGUGGCGAAGUAACAAGGAGGCUGCACAUGCUGCGUAUUGCGCUCUCGGUGGAGCAGCGCAACAAGAAGCCAGGCGUGAUCAAAUCAUCAACAAUGCUCGCACUAAUUGGGAACUUCUCAGGUCCGAAAAUAAGUGCUUCAUUGCGGCUUCAAGUCCAAAUAAAAAUGUCGAUGACGAAAAGGAAUAUACAAUAGAAGCCACGACCAUGAUCACACAAGUUGGUUGUACACAAACGAUGGACGAAGCAGGCCUCCCUGAUGUUGUAGUGGCUCUACAACAAGUCGAAACUGAGGACUCGGACUGUAAAAAUAAUAAUAGCGACGCUGGCAUAAAACCCGUGGCAGAAAAUGUUCCGCGAGCUUCACCUAUGAAAAAGUUACAGAGAAGUGCAACUGCAAAAAAGACUUCUGAGCGCAGAGUUAACUUUUCCGACCGAAGUGCAUCUCAAGACACCGAUGCCUCACAUUCCACAUCCACUAGCAGUGAUUUAAGAUUACCACCAAUACUACUCCCCAUAAUUUCUUCUUUAGAAAAUGUAAAACUAUCGGAAGGGUCUGAGCCUAUACUAAAACGUUGGGAAAGUAUCUCCAGUGUUGAACCAAUAGUUGAUUCAUCGUUCAGCUCACUGCCAAGUUCAAGUAGCGAUAGUGAGGAAGAAACUACGAAAAGAACUAUUCGACGAGUACCAACUGCUUUGAGGCGACGAGAAAACUUUAGCGCAAUGCGAUCCAAGUCCGUCUGUGAUCCUGAAACUCGGAGAUCUAAAUCAAAAAACUCUGAUAUCAGUGAAAAUGCUAGUAACAUUUCAAGUAGCACUAAUGUCGGCUCUGUCGCCAAUUCCUCUACAUCGGGUAGCGACCAUAAUAGUAAAGUUCUUCGGCGCGAGAGUUCACUAAAUAGUAGAAUGUCAAGAAAUAUAAGAAGUGCUACAACAUCUCGGAGAUCUGAAAGGGCAUCUUCUGCAACUAGAGCUUCAACAGCUAAAUCAAAGACAGUAAAGAGUAUUAAUUUGGCUAAUUUCAAAUCUUCGGAACCGGUCCCGAAGUCUAUGCCUCCUUCGAAAGAUAGAGAACAAGGAGUGGAUUACUUGGUGGAAGUCUGCGAUGGAGUAGUAAGCGUGUGGGGCGCGGGUGCUGUACGUCGUAUUUCGCGAGAUUGGGACUGGGAACGUGCGCGCGCAGUUACCCGGGCUGCAUUUCACUACGUACAUUACAAUGCCGUAGCACAAUGUCUGUCUGAGUUGAAAACCAAGUUUCCAAAUAUAUCCACUAUAUCCGUACGAGCAACGGGCCUGCAAUGGCUGGGCCAGUUACAUUCUUUAGCGGAGCUACGAGGUCUUACAGGUUUAACAGUCUUGCCCGAAGGCAAUCCUAUUGAUGCGAAAAUUUGGCGAGAAUAUGCUAUAUAUAGACUCGCUCAUUGGGGUUUGAAACAAAUUAAUGAUGAACCGGUUACAGAAGAGGAUAUAAAAUCAGCUAACAGGACAUACGAAGGCCUUAGUGAUAUUGUAUUGCGAGCGUUGCCCGAUGCACCGCUGCAACCUCUUCUGUCAAGAUUGGGAAGAAGUGGCAAUAGUUCAGUGAGUGCUAAAGCCUGGUUAAGAGUAGCUGACCCUGCGUUGAGAGAUGUUAUAGCAAAAGAAGCGUUACAGUACAAAAAAGGACACGUAUCACAGGAGGAUAUGAGUUGGCGUGUUCGUGGACGCGGUCAAUUGUCCCAUGCAAUCGAACUAGCUUGUGGCGCUGCUCAAAGACUAAAAGUUUUGGAAGUACUAUGGCCAACAAUUUUAGUCGAAAUGAUAGAAGAUAUAUUAAAUGAUUUUUCUGAUAUGGAAACACAUGUAAAAGAACAGAUGAAAAUAAUUAUGGACACAAUGUGA